AUGGCUUUGCCAUUUUUACCAGGCAAUUCGUUUAAUAGGAGUGUGGGAAAGACCAAAUUCCAUAAAUCACACCAUUUUGGCUAUGAAAAUGACAUUGCCAUGAUGGUGGGAGCUGUAAAACCUGGCAUUGGCGGUGAACCUCUUCUAGGACAGAAGUACAAACCUCGCAACACUGUAUUUCCUCGAGGAGAAGGAAGUAGCUUGCCAUCUUGGAUUGCUUUUGACAGACAGGUUCUAUGCUUUGAUGCUUACUUUCAAGAAGCAGUGCAUGAAAAGAGGGAAGAGCAGUUUAGGAUUAGAAACUGCAAGAUUUAUUUUUACCUAGAAGAUGAUUCAAUUCAAGUUGUUGAGCCACGACUAAGAAAUGCUGCUAUCGCUCAAGGAACUGUUAUCAAACGUCACAGAAUACCACGGCCACCACCCAAUGAAGAUGAAUUCUACACAGCUGAAGAUUUCAAUAUUGGCUCAGAGAUCAACCUCUACUCAAAAGUUUUCAAGAUUAUUGACUGUGAUCAGUUCACUCAAAACUUUCUGCGGAAGAUGGGUACAAAUGUUCAACGACCAAACAAACCCCCUGAGGAUCCCUACAUGGUUUACAGAAAAGCUUUGGAUGAGUCUAUGCAUCCACUAAGACCAUAUGAGAAAUGUGACACUCUGAAGCAAUUUUUGGAUCAUGACCACCAUGUGCUUCGCUUCUACUGUCACUGGGAUGAUACUGAAAAUUUGUUUGGGGAUGUCCGUCAGAUGGUGCUGCAUUACUACCUGGCCGAUGACACCAUAGAGAUCAGAGAGAUUGUUCCUCCUAACGCUGGCCGAGACACUGUCUCUGUAUUUUUAAAACGUGGGAAACUACCAAAGAACCCUAGUAGUCUUCCCCUGCCAGGUGUGCUUACAGACAGGACAGUGCUCAAUGUGUUUGGUCCAACUGGUGCUGGCAGUCGCUAUAUUCUUGACAGUUUAAAGACUGGCGAGGUCAGCACAGAGUUUGUUACCGACCGAGAUCUAUCACUGGGUGCUGUGAUCAGUGUCUGGGGACGCAAGUUUAUUUUAUGUGACUGUGAUAACUUUACCCGCGAGUACUAUAAAAACAAAUAUGGCAUAGUGGACAUGACACCAGUCAAGUUUUCUAAAGAGCCACAAGGUCAGCUAACACAAGAGAUGCCCCCAUACAAUGGAUUUGGGAGUGAAGAAGAUUCCAUGAAUUCAUGCAGAGGUUUGUUGCCCAAACCACUAAAGCGUGAUUUCAUCAAGUUCAUGGAGUAUGAUCGCCAUGGAUUUGACAGUAACGUUCUUCGGUUCCUGGCCCGCAUGGAUACCAAGAAAGCUAUUGAUCAAGAUCGCAGGUUCAUCAUAUCCUACUUCCUGGCUGAUGAUAGUGUACUUGUAUUUGAGCCGCCUGUGAGAAACUCAGGUAUUGCAGGAGGAAAGUUUCUGGAGCGUGGUCGUAUCAAGAAACCACCAGAAGUGAUGUUCAACACUGAAGUGUCCCAGUAUUACACAGCAGCAGAUCUUUACAUUGGGGCUUGUGUUGAGUUCAACAAGUUCAAGUUUGUUAUCCUAGAUGCAGAUGAAUAUGCCUUCAAGUUUAUGGAAGACAACAGUAAUCUGUUUCCAAAGUCUAACAUCAAUGCUAUCCUGGAGAAGUUGGCUGUCAGGCUGGGCUCAAACAAGAAGAUGUACGAGCUUUCUUUGCCAAAUAGUUCCUGCUUGGUUCUGGUUAGCAUGUCCGUAUGGGAAACGUUUAGUGAUCGAAGGGGAGUAUUGUUCUGGAUGUUUAAAGUUGAACUUAAACCAAAAGAACGGAAAGAAAACUUUGAGGGUUUGGAACACUUUAAUCUCUUUUGGGCAUUUGGGGAAUCCUUCAAGUUUCCUUUUUUUAUACAUUAUUUUUAUCUUUUUCUUUACGGGGAACUAGAUCACGGUAUACUUUGA